AUAACUGAUCUGAGUCAGUUAGGCGUUUGUUGGCGGAAAAAUUAACGAAAUACAAACAAGUUUGGAUAAUUUGAUUAUGCUGAAUUAUCUUUAAAUGAUAAAAGAAACUACUUCAGUAUUUUCUAAAUAUAUAUUCUACACUAACACCCAACACAAAUUUUAAAGAGAACAAUGGCAUAUAGAGACACACAUCGUAUGUUCCUUCAAUCUUUUAUGUCAAAGGGAAUCCUGAAUGCUAAUGAUGUCUUCAAAUUGUUGCAGAGCUGCUGUGAUAAGUAUGAAGAACCUAUAGAUGAUAAAAGACAACAUUUGCUUCGUUAUGUGCACAGUAUUAAUGAUGUGAUACGGGUGUUUGGAAUGGAAAUACGGAAAGUGAUAGAUGAAAUAGACGGCACCAGUCAUUAUGGACUUGUUAACACGACUGAAACCAGUAUCACACUGUUAGCCACAUCUUAUGCCGAAAAUGAUUUACAGUAUUUCAAGAAAUUAGUUGAACAGAUAGUACUGUCAGACAGUGGUUCUAUAGGAUCUAUGGCUGCUGUUAACAUUGUUGAUAGCUUGACCAAGAAAAUGUCCAAAAGUGACGCAGAACAACUGUUGAGCAGGUUGAUAAGAGAUAAAUGGAUUGGAAAGUUGGAAAAUGGUUGUGUUUACAUCGGUACCAGAGGAUUAUUGGAGCUGGAGCAGUAUAUCCUUGAGAUGUUUGAGGUGGCGAUGAGAUGUAACAUGUGUAAAAAGCUUUGUGUACAGGGAGAAAACUGCAGCAACUGUGAGGUGAAACUACACAAUCACUGUGCAUACAAAUUCUUCAAAGAUCGCCCUGUGAGAAAAUGUCCAGAGUGUCAAAAACCAUGGAUCAUUGAUGCAAGCAGUUCACCACAGCCAUCAACGUCAGCAGCAGCGGCUGAUGACUCUUCACCCCAAUCAACAUCAUCAUCAUCAUCACAGUCCAGAAAGAGAAAGUCGAGAUGAAGAUCUUGUAGACUUUUCCAAUAAAGAAACCAUUAGCACUGUGCAAAGAAAUCGUGAACAACAGAAAGUUAUCUCCUUGUUUUGUGAAAUCUCACAUGUCACCCAGAUCAGUUGAUAAAAUACCUAGAUGCUUAUUAAAUGAAGUGCGAAAAAAUGCACUGUCAUUGAUAAUAAUUUGGUUCUCAUGAGAUCAAACCAGAUUUCAUAUCUUAAUGAAAGUUUCAGAACUGUUUUAUAGAUGUUUGAUCUGUGUAAGAUACUGCCUCAGCAAGUUGCAACUGGGAUUAGUGUAGCUGUCUGGUAAAUGAGUUCCACUUCUUAAGAUAUCUAAUGAAGAAUACAAGUGUGUUGGAUGUUGUCAUGAUGAACGUUAUGCCAUUGUGAAAGCAUGCCUCAGGAUUGUUAAAACAACUGGAUUUGCAAUAUUGUUGAAAUUGAUAUUUUUUGUUGCUUUUUGUGUACAUAUAUUAGGAAGAUACAUAUGGUGCUAUUACAAUAAACUUGUAUGGAAAUAACUUUCAUUUGGUGAACUGGUGUCAGUUGGUUUAAACUCGUGUGUUUUAAUGUUUUAGUUAUGGACAUUGUAAAAGUUCUUUCUUUGCUCUCUUAAACUGCUUCUAUGUUAUUACAUGGCACUUAAUAAUUAAAUGUUCAGGUGAAAGUAGUGCAGUUAUCUUUGAGUUCAGAAACUGUUUAAUAAUUUUAUUUUAUGGGCAUAAACUUCCAUAGAGACAUGGAUUUGCGGAUUUCAAAUUUGAAAGCUAAACACGACCCAAUUUGUUUUCCUGCUAAAAUAAGAAAACUGAAAAUUAUGUGUUAUUAUGCAACAGUUCACUUCUUGUAUAUCACAAUUAUUAUGUCAUAGCGUCAAAUGUCAAAGCGGUGCGCUAGAAAGGAAACCCACACAAAACAGGCAAAUACUUGAUAGAUGUCAAUGAUGUACAUGUACAUAAUAAUCCUUGAUAACAUGUUAGAAACAAAAUAUUGUACCUCCAACAGUAAUUUGCUGUUGAAUAAAAUCAUUUUCGUUCAGAUGCGUAUUAUUAUAUAUCACUUGGACUGAGCGGUUGUGAUAUAAUUCCUAUACAUUUUGCCUCCAAACAAUGAUUUUAUUCAAUGACAAAUCACUGUUUGGGAUAUAUUAUUUCUUAAAUGAUUGAGAACUUUGUGUGUUUGUUGGGAUUAAAUUUGUGGAUAGACCCACCCAUGAAAUCCAGGAAAAUUAGGCCUUAUGAAAGUUAAUGAUUUCACAGUAUUGAGAUAUGGUGAAACAUGAAAUAUAACACUUCUUACUCUCAUUUGAAUGCUUUUACAUUUUAGUAUAAAUAUUAAAAUUUGCUGAUUGUUCAAUUUAUCAAGAUCAGUCAAUGGUAUAAAUAAGUGAAGCUCAGUUUUAUAGGAAUAAAAGUUUGCUAUUCCUAGUUUAACUGUAUCUUUCUGCUUUAAAGGAAUGACCGGGUCAGAGGUUUAGGAAUUAAAGAGUUUGUGAUGUAGUCUCAAAAUGCAACCUUGCCAUUUGUCAGUUUCAAAUGUUUGCUAAAAACCAACCAAUUAGAUGUUAAACAUUAACCCUUAUCAUACUGGACAUGAAUGAUUCUGUCUUUGCAACCAGUAUAGAUCAUGAUCAGCCUGCACAUCUGUGCAGUCUGAUCAAGAUCUGCACUGUUUGCUAUUCAAAUGGAAAGAUGGACAAGUUCCUUAUAGAAAUUUAGCAAGGUAAGGGUUAAUAUUUUGAGAAUGGUCUCCAAACUCAGUUUGAUAACCUUGGGCUCUAGACAGUAGUAGAUAAUAAGGUAAUGUAGGACUUGAAUUAAUACAUGAAUAAAUAUGCCCAAUUUGGCAAGACUGCUGCUAAGAAUGCUUAUAUUAACAUUCUGUAAGAAUGAGGUUUCUAUCAAAGUUAACGGAAUUGUUAAAUACGUUAAGACAUUAUUGAUGUAUUUUCUGUUUGCAUGGAUCUAAUUGAUGUUUAUCUACUCGUAUCUAAUUAGUAAAUUAAAGGAAAUAAAUUUGGUUUUUCAUUCCUUUGAGAAACUAUAAAUAUGUUUAUAUAAUUCUGGUAAUGUCAUUCAUGAAGACUUUAAGAUUGUAAACAUUUACAUGUAAUUAGCUUAAAUUAUACCGAAAGAACUGGAUGAACUGAAUGUAAAGUUAUGAGUAAUAUUUACAGUUUGUGAAGAUUUGUUUAAUGUCCCGUGAAAUUAUUUCAUUUUGUUGGCCUGAAAAUUUGUGGUUUUGUGCCUAAUCUGUUUCACAGGGAUUUGAUUUUGUAGAUUUCGACUUUUAAAGAUAAAAUGAAUGGGCUUUUACAUUAUAUGAUUUAAUGCGGAUUGACCAAACCAUGAAAUUUUCCAAAAGUAGUCUCCCGCAAAUAUUAAUGAUUUUACAAAACUCUGUUGUUGAGUAUGGCCUAUAUGGCUAUAUAGUUUUGAUUUUCUGGUUUCAUACCACUUGUACUUUACUUUGUUGGGUUUAAGAUACUUUCAGUGGUUAAGUUAUCAAGCUGACUAUAGUAAAGGUGAUGGUUAGGUCCAGGCACAUUCCUUGGUUUUAAAAACUGACUGUUUUGGCCCUUGCAGGGAAGUUGAAAUGUGAAGUUGAUUGUCUGUGUAAAUAUAAGUCAAAUAAAAAAUUGCCAUUACAAACAUUGAUAUUAACUUUUGUUCUGCAAACUAGAUUUUUUAUGGCAUUUUCUAAUUGAAGUUAAAAUUGAAUGAUAUUUUAUAGGAAAUUAAAGAUUUUAGUAUAAUUGUCAAAAAUCGAGGCAAAGUAUACUUAUAAAAUAAUUUUUAUUAAGAAAAACUGUACAUGCACUUCAAUAAGGAAACAUUCUAGUCCAGUCUGUUCUGAUAAUAUGUAUCAUGAGCUUUCUCUUUUUUACCAGUACACUGACCAGAAACAUAAAGAACAUGUGUUUACUUUGUAACGUUAGUACAGAAAAUGUACAUGAUUUGUCUUUGCUUUGGUGCAAAAAUGUUGAACAAAUGUUCACACUUUGUUUCUACAUACAUCUGCCAUAUAUUUCUGUGUUUCCCCUUUAACGUACAGUAGUAUACAGAUAUAUUAUUAACUGCUGUACAAGUUAUUUUUACACAUAUUUUAUUAUGUCUGUCAUGUGGGCAGUGACCAUGAUACAUUAUUAUACGUGUAGAUUAUGGGGUCACGUAUCUUACGUCAUUUUUAUUUGGGCCAUUAGUUAAACAAUGAUUAUACAUGUAUAUAGUUAUUAAUUGUUUGUAAUUGACAGUUUGAUUGACACCAUGUUUGACAAGAUAACCAUCCCUGUAUUGAUUAUUCAUAUUCUAUAUAUAUGUACAAAAAUCAUGAAGAUAAGGUCAAAAUGUCAGAAAAAAUGCAUAUUUUUUCAACUAAAUUUGUGUCAGUGUUACAUAAAAAUGUUGAAGAAAACUAAUUAGCUAAUGACUAUUGUUAUUUAUGGAUACAGAAAGUCAUUUAUACUGAAAUUUAGGUUAAUACAUACUUCUGGCUGAAUAUUUCUUCCUUUAUUUCUAGACAUAUGUUAUUUUAUACAUGUAAUAAGAUGUAACUUUGUCUUUAGUUAUGUGGGUUUUUUCUGUUUAUUUCUAUGAAAGCAAACAUAGCAUCUUCUUCACAUUUUGAAUUUUUACUCAGAAUUACAGGCUCAGAUCGCAGUGAAUACAAAUCAAUAUUUGAAUAUUCGGUUUGCCAUAUUUGAAUAUUUAACUUAAAUAUCAAAAGUUUAUUGUUUGGAAUUGCCCGUUAAUUUUAAAUAAAAUGAAUGUCAAAGGGUAUAAAGUCUUGAUGUUUCAAAUUUUAUUGUUCAUAGAUUGGACUAGAUUUGUAGUAAAAUGUUGAUGUUUGGCUAGUUUAAAAAAAAUAAUUAGUGAAAAAAAGUGGGGUUUUUAUGUUUGGCUACUGUUACUAAAUAAAUCGAACAUGUUAAAAUGCAGUUAGAUUUGAUAUCUAGCUAUUGGUUCUAGAAGAACUGAAUAUGUUCAGAUGUAGAAAGAUUUGAUGUUAAGUUACUGUUUCUUCAUAAAACAAAAAUGUGUUAUAAAUAUGUUAAAGGAGAAAGAUGUGAUGUUUGGCAGUUGUUUCUAAAUAAAUCAAAGGUGUUAAAAAGCAGACAGAAUUGAUGUUUAACUACUGUUUCUAAAUAAAUCAAAUGUGUUAAAAAGCAGGAUUUGAUGUUUAGUUACUGUUUCUAAAUAACUUCAUUGUGUUUAAAAUGGAAAGAUUUAGCAUUUAUAUGCAUGCUGUUUUUUAAGUAAAAUGAAUGAGUAAAAA